AUGCCACAAGAAGUAUCAGUUCCUGUGGACGAGCAGGCUACUGAAGACGCGGUCAAAGAAGCCCUCGGCCAAGCUGAUCCCGCAGGCCAUGACGAAUCUUCUGGCGACGAGGCUCCAGCAGACGGAGCCUCCCCCGACGCCGUCGCAACAGAAGCCGCAAAGAAGAAGAAGAGAAAAAAGCGUAGCAAAGUGAAAGCACUCGCCGAAUCCAUUCUUCCUGCCGGCUCAUCCUCUUCAACAGCCGAGAAGCCCGUCCGGCUGACCGAAACCCAGAAACAGCAGCUCUUCGCGCUGAACCCAGCGCUCAAGGCCGACUAUGAAGAAGAUCCGCAGAAAGUCGAGCAGAUGCUCUCGAAACUCAGCAUCGCGGACAUCCUGACCGGCAUGGCAGCCUCCCAGCGCAACACCAAGGACAUGGCGAGCCACAAGUUCUGGCAGACGCAGCCGGUGCCCAAGUUCGAGGAUGCCAUGAAGCCGGUCGAAGAAGGCCCCAUCAAGGUCAUCGAUCCUGCACGAGUGCCAAAAGAGGCCCCGCCGUUCGCCGUCCAGGGGUUCGAGUGGGACACGUUGGAUCUGACGGACGAGGGCCAGCUCCAGGAGGUCUACGAGCUGCUGACUCAUCACUAUGUCGAGGACGACGAGGCGAUGUUCCGGUUCAACUACUCGAGCUCGUUCCUGAACUGGGCGCUCAAGGCGCCCGGCUGGCGCAAGGACUGGCACAUCGGCGUGCGCGCCACCACCUCCCGGCGCCUUGUGGCUUUCAUCUCCGGCAUCCCCGUCUCCCUUCGCGUGCGCAAGAACACGCUCUCCUGCUCCGAGAUCAACUUCCUCUGCAUCCACAAGAAGCUGCGCAGCAAGCGGCUAGCCCCCGUGCUGAUCCAGGAAGUCACGCGCCGGUGCUACGUCCAGGGCGUGUAUCAAGCCAUCUACACCGCUGGAAUACUGCUUCCCGCCCCUGUGAGCACGUGCCGCUACUUCCACCGCAGCCUUAACUGGGAGAAGCUGUACGAGGUCGGCUUCUCGCCGCUGCCGGCUGGUUCGACGAAGCAGCGACAGAUUGCGAGGUACAAGUUGCCCAAGGAAACGGAGACGCCCGGGCUGCGGCCUAUGGAGACGAAAGAUGUUGACGCGGUGCUGGACCUCCUGAAGCGCUAUCUCUCUCGCAUGGACAUGGCGCAGGAGUUCAGCAGCGAAGAAGUAGCGCACUGGCUCGUGCACGACGAGAAGAUCUGUCCCGAGCAGGUCGUCUGGUCGUAUGUAGUCGAGGACGCCAACCAGGGCGGCAAGCUGACCGACUUUUUCUCCUUCUACUGUCUCGAGUCGACAGUGAUUGGGAACACGAAGCAUCCGACCAUCCGAGCCGCGUACCUGUUCUACUACGCGACCGAGACGGCGUUUACUGGGGAUCAGAAAGCGCUGAAGGAGCGGUUGAACGGCUUGAUGCACGAUGCCCUCGUUCUCGCUAAGAAGGCCAACUUCGACGUUUUCAACGCGCUGACCCUACUGCACAACCCCCUGUUCCUCGAAGACCAGAAAUUCGGCGCCGGCGACGGCCAGCUGAACUACUAUCUCUACAACUACCGCGCCAACUACAUCCAGGGCGGGGUGGAUCCCAAGACCAACAAGGCUGACGAGAGCAGGAUGGGCGGCGUGGGCGUGGUCAUGCUGUGA